AUAGUUCUGGGGCUGAGUCAGUCUUCUUUACUUCCACACAGACUAUUUGAUAGUCUUAAUCCUGUCAUCUUUCUUCUCACUUAGCCAGCCUCAUGGAGAAGGCUGUAGCCAGCUCGAUUAAUUCUUUGGCCAGGCUGUGAACCUGUCUCCAUUCACAGCAGAGAUAGGAGACUGUCUGACUUCAGAGAGGAAGUGGGAGAUGUCUGCUAGCUCAACACUCUGGCCAAGUAUUUCUUCAAAGAGCCUGCUUCCUGACUUUGAAGAAGAUGAUAUCUAUGGGCAGUCUGUAGAGGAUGAUUAUUGCAUUUCACCUUCAACAGCUGCUCAAUUUAUCUAUUCAAGACGGGAUAAUCCUUUGGAAGAAGAAUAUGUUUCCGAAGAUAGAGCACAUAGCAAUUAUUGUAUUUCCAGUCACCAGCUAACUGGAGUUGAAAAAGCUAAGCUUGACUUGUGCCUUGUUCGUAUGAAAGAAGUGCUUGGGGAGUCUGUUCCAGAGAAGGUGAUGAUAGAAGCACUACUGAACAGCAGAUUUGAUGUGCAGCAAGCUUUGGAUUCUGUGCUUUCACAAAACAGUGAGCAAGAUAUGAAGACCAAGGAUGAUGAAACUAUGAGCGGAGGAAAGACAACAAAAGGCUUAUUUUGCUCAGAAAUAUUUUCUGAUGUUAACAGCUUGGCUAAUUUAGUGGAAAACACUUCAGGUUCCACUAGUUCCUGCUUUGGUCUCAGCGGCUCCGCAGUCAAAUUUGAAUCUCCUUGUAACCCUUCAGCUCCAAGUGACAAAAUUCUCUUCAGGUCGAAGUAUAAUACAUCUUCCAUCAAAAAGAGAACCUUAAAAUCCUCCUGUAAAUCCUUGGGAGCUCUUCCUCUACCAUUAAGUGAUGAUAUUGACAACAAAUCAUUUUAUGAACCAGUCAGCAAGCAAGUGGCACUCCCACUAAUCGAAAGCAGCAGCUCAGCCGGUUCUUGCACUGAAAGUGAUGUGUGCUUUAGUUCAGGGACUAACUUGCUGAAAGGAAAUCGAUUAGAAAAGCUCUCUUGGGAUCAAUCUGAAUUGAAAACAGCUCAGGACUUGAAGGUCUUGCUGAGGCUUAAUGAAACAGGUGACUCCUCAGGUUUCCAAGAAUCAGUUGUUCUUCAGAAAAAAUCAGAUCAUAAUAGCAAAGGCUGUUUGGACAGUCCUCCUGCCUUAGUAAAUGCCUUUGAGAGUUUGAUGCUAGAUAAUAAGGUCAGUUAUAAGCUCAAUAAAAAGACUGAACUUCUUGGAAACAUUCCUUCAUUUUGUCAAAAAAAAGGUUGUUUCCAAGGCAGCUGCUCUUCAGAAGUUGAUAGCUCAACAUUUUCAGUGUCUGAAAGUCCAUCCCUCGCUGAUCUCCUGCAGGAACACCAAGAGACUAUCUCAAACAAGGCUUUCCCCUUGUCUGAUCUUUGUAACCAGUUGUCUGUAGGCUUUGCAGUUACUGAACUCGGACCUACAUCAUCAUCACAACUAGUUAGCGAACCUCAGAUUUCAUCUGGAAUGACAGAACUGUCAGGAUCUUUAUCUUCACUGACAUUCUCCAGAUCUUCUCCAGUAAAAGAGCUUGAAAGUCUAUCACUUUCAGAUUUAAUUGCAAAAUCAAUUGAACUGGAUAAGCCUACAACAACAUCUAGUCACUCAGAGCUUCAUGUACCUAAAAUGGUGCCUCCUCCAGUUCUGAAUCCAGAUAUUGAUUUAAGCGUUCUUAUUAGAAAAUCGGUUUUAUCUCCAAAACCUGUAGAAAUACAGGAAAACACCCUGCUUCCUGAAACAGGAGUUUUAUUUUCAGAGCGGGGGCGGCAAGUAUUUGUAGCUAAAGGAAGCAAGAAAUGUAAGAAAAGAUUGAGAUCACGCUUCUUCGAAGGCACUGUUUCAUGGACAAAAGCCCUCUCUGCAAGACCAUCUGCCUUCGCUAUAACUUUAUGCCUUCAUUAUCCCCCAAAGAGAUGUAAGCGUAAAACUGCUAGUCUCCAUAAGGCUUUCUUAUACAGCAGGCAAAUGCAAGAAGUAAAGAUUAAUGAGAUUGGGCCCUUAUUAGCAAUAACUCCAUUUGAUUUCAAAUCACCAUCUCCUGAUGAUAUUGUAAAAUUGGGGCAAAAGAAAGCCUUUGCCAGAUAACAUUGCUAGGAACCAAUGCUAGUUUUGAUUAUUUUUAAAUUUAAAAAUUAUUGGGUUGUAUUACAAAUAGCAUGAGAGCUUCCCCCUCCUCCCUUGGACUGCUCUCUGAGCCUCCCAAAUAGCUGUUUCUGUGAUCUAGGGGAUUCUCAAGAAUGGCAUGGGACAUGAUGCGGGGGAAUGACUUCUGGUCAUAGGAGUCACUUUUGCAUGGGUUCUACUCUUCCACUGCAGUCCCCUGCGCCACAUCCCACACCAUUCCUGAAGGUCUCCUGACUCUCAGGAAUGUCUCUUCAGAGAGUAGGGCGUCUUUUUGGAGUUGCCAUAGGGAGAAGGAAUGGGGAAGAUUAGUUGUGCAAGUGAUGUUGUGCUUGCACUGCUUAGGAUACACUCACCACCACCUUAAAAAAAAAAAUAGGGUGACUUUUUGGACUGCAAAUUGGAGUAGAUUUAGUAGGGUUCUUAAAUGCACAGAUAAUUCUUAGUUUGUAUUGGUUAAACUUUUGUAGUAAGUUUUAACAGGUGCACUGAAUUCCAGUCCUCUUUCUUUUAUUUAUUUUUUACUCUUUAAUUGGUAGUGGUAAAUCUUAAUCUUUAAUAACUGUCUGCUUUGGAAUAAUGCGUACGGGUGCCAAAUGUUUUCUAAAUAAUUGAUACUGAAAAUAUAUUUUCAAGAAACAAUGUAUUAGUUCUAAUAUAAAAGACAAUCUAAAGUUAUGGGUUCAGGUUUAGUUUUAAAAAAUACACUGGGGAACAAAUUCUUGAAUAUAUAAUACUGUGAAUUUGCUAUAAUGUAAUAUUUACAUUUUUAUUUCUAUACCACUGUUAUAGCUGCCUUGUAGCAGAAAAGCUUUUUCUUUUUACCUGUCCCUCUGUGGAAAAUUGAUGGUUCAUAAGUGCUUGUUUUCUUUUGUAAAUUAAAACCCCCAUGAUGAAAAUCAUUUAAUGCUGGACAAAGCUUGUGGUGGGACUUCAAACAUUACCUAUUUAAAAACAGAGUCUGUGAUUAAUGCACAGAGAGCAGCUUUCACAAACAUUUUUGACCCUUAACACAUUAUUUAGUUUUAUGGCCACUUCACACGUCAAGCAGCAGGUUGUGUAUAUUUGCCAAACCAAAAAGAAGGAGCUGACACACAAAUCAAUAAAGGGUUUGGAUUUCCCUUCUUUGGAAAAUUGAUGGCUCAUAGCUGGAUAUUUUCCUUUGCAAAUUAUCCCCAUGGUGAAUCAUGUUUUGUAAUGCAUUACAUGAAGAUAAGAUGAUAAUAUGCAUUACAAAACUAUAUUCUGUUCAGGCCUAAAUAAAACAAUUUUUGGUGAUACAUGUGGGGGUGGGGAGAGAAGAACACUAACCAUAAAGGGUGCAGAUGAUAUAAAAUGUAUUUGUAAUCACAUUUAUGCAAGAAGGGAGCCACAGGCAAUUCUGACUCCUGGGAGCAUCUAUACUGUAUGUCAUAAACAUGGUUGGAAAAUGUGUUUGCCACAUGCACACAUUAAAAAAAAUGUAGAUGCAAAACAUUUUAAUAUACCUGUAAAAAUGUGAUGUGUGAGGUGGUCUUUAAAGAUUUCCGACUAAUGAAAUCAAUAUGGGUAUAGCCUAAUGCAGAUCUUUGUGUUCUUUGUCCAACUGAAAGGUAACUAAAAUAACUAUUUCUUCAGCCUGUUUACUCUUUUGUAGAAUAUUCUUAUUUGAUCAUUUUUAUAAAGGAUUGUGGGCAUUUGGAAAAUAUUAAGAUUUUUUUGGUGUGUUUAUAGUAUCAGUAUUUUGAACAGAUAAUAUAACAUUUUGCUAUAUUUUCAGAAUAUUCUAGCUUAGUCAACUUUAUACUAAUUUAACCUCAGCUAUUAUGCAGUUGGUAAUAUAUAUCCAGGAGAGAGGUCUUAAUAUAUAUAUUUUUAACGCACACAUACACUAAGAAACCCUGUCAAAAUGUUGAGUGAUUCUGAUAUAUAACAUUUCUGUUGAGUACAUUCCAUUGCAUUUGAGCACAAAUUGCAAGGUCUCCUUAUGAUUGUUGCAAUUCAGCGGGGUCACUAUUCCUAAACAUUUACUACAUCUUUUCUGAUGACAAGAAUGGAAUCUUCUCCUGGUCCCAUCUGCUCAGCAGAACAUUUUUCCUGUCACUUCUGGAAAUUCUUAGUCCCUCUAUCUUCUUAAGCAAGCUUGAUCUCAAGAUUGCAAAAAAGGAGAUACUCCUUUUAUGUGAAUAAAGGAGAAAAUGAGUGGGAAAUAUAUAGGUAUAUCACCUUCUGAUAUAGGUGAGUAGAGGAGCAUGAUAGGAGAGGUUUAGUGUGUUCUACAGUAGGUAUGUACAGGAAUCGAGGUUCUUGCACUGGUUUGUUGCCUAAUCAGUUCAGAUGAGGUCCAAACUUGUUCGGUGCCACAGGGAGGGGAUCGAGGAAUGGGAUCUUUUUAAAAAGAAGAGCAGGCCCUUACCUGCUCUCCACCUCUGCAUUGUCCCAAGAACCCACACGGGGCACUGGCACAUGCAUGGCAUCUGCGCAUGCAUGGGUGUCAUUUGCUUGGUCAGCAAGGUGUUAUGGCCACACAAAUUGUGCCCAUGCAUGUGUGGACACCAUGUGCAGGUUUUUGGAACAAGCACCAAUGCCGUAGGAAGCUACAUGUAUCAGAGGGAAGCAGGUAAGAACCUGCUCUCCUUUAAACACACCCACACCCUGCUCCCCUCCUCAUGGCGCUGAACCACUUCACGAAGCUUGGUUUGUGCACAUCCCUAGUCUACAGACAAUUGUGGUGCAAGCCAUCAUCCAUCUUAACACGGAUAUGUAGGAUAUCUCCUCAGACCUUGAAAUAGUUAUGGAGUAGAUAUGAACACUCUGGCUCACAUUAUUUGCAGCAUUAACAGGAUAUAGCAAGAGCUGUGAUCUCAUACAGAGGCUGCUUCAGAGCUCAGCCAAAGACUUGUUCUGUAGCCGAACACAGACAGAGUGUGUGUGUGUUUGAAACAAUUCUACCUGCUCUUCCCUUUCUCCAAAAUCUCUCUUUAAUUUCCAGAAAUACGUUCCUAAGGGUCACACAGCUCUCACAGACAUAUUUCUGGAAACCAAAAAGUACUUGGAGGGAGCGGAGAGGAGAGCAGCAAAAAUUGUUCCACUCUCCCACAGCUAAGUGGGUGUGGAUAAGCUUGUGACAGCUCCACAGCAACCGUCUUUGUGAGGGUGCAGCUCUUGCUCUGCCACCUUAAUGCUGCAGAACAUGUGGGCCGCUAUGAUUUAAAUAAAGUAGUCAUAUAAUACUAUAAUUCUUAAAAUAUUCUAGAUAUAUAUGAACAAUUUUUGACCAAAUAUAAAGUGCCACUUGAUAAAUUCGUGACUAUAUCUUUGUUGCUUAGAAUAUUUAUGAUCUGUUCAGCUUUGAAGACAUUUCUGAUUGAGGUUAAAUAUUCUUCUUCAGUUACUUAAGGCAUGAUUUGUCC